AAGGACGUGAGCUGAACUAGUGUAAGUGCAGAUUGAACAACUGCUGGCGGUUAAACAGUCAAAUCUGAAAAGUAUCACGAUGAGAAGAUCUACACUGUAUGUUCUGGUGCUGGUUCUGGGAUUUGGUGACGUCUCUGCUUCUACAGAGGGCCCAAAGUGCACAGACGUCAGAGAUGAAGGAAAGGGAACGGAAAAGUUCUUGAGAUAUUUCUAUGAUUCCAAGUUUGAGUUCUGUGUGCCUUUCUUCUACAAAGGAGAAGGCGGGAACAGCAACCGCUUCAACAGCGAUAAAGACUGCAUGAGAACAUGUUCUCCAAACGGACAACAGAUCUACCCGACUGACGAAAUGGCCUGUUCUUUGCCAAAAGACGAAGGCACCUGUUUCGCCAUCAUCCCAAAGCAUUAUUACGACAGUAAAGAGAAGGACUGCCGUAUGUUCUUAUAUAAAGGCUGCCAAGGAAACGCUAACCGAUUUGAUUCCCGAGAGGAUUGCCAGAACCUGUGUCUCGCGAGGUCCGGACGGCUGUUGGGAGCUGCAGAUCUUCCAAACCCCGAUGAGAAGGGUGUUAGUGCAGGGCUGAUCGUGGGUAUUUUGGGUGGGAUUGUGUUUGUUGGUGCUGUUAUUUCUGCUAUUGUGAUGUUUGUGCUCCAUAAGAAAAGCAAGAAAGCAGAAAGGAAGCCAGUGCCGACAUCUGAUAUUGAAAUGAAAUAGAUCGUUGUUCACAACAUGUGUCUGUAAAUAUGUUGUUAGUGCUUUUAUACCCUUUAUACUAGUCAUGUUAGAGAUGUAACAGAACAAUUGGGCUUAACUGAUACAUAGUGUCCAUGAUAGAAGAGUUCAGCAGUUACAUAUAAAAGCAAUCCACCUGUUUUGUUUCAUUUGACAGCAGAUAUCUGAUGUUUGAGUUUCACAAAUUUACCUGAUCAAAUGUACUAUACUUGUACUAUGAUGUAACACAAAAUGACCUUUCUGUGUCUUAUAUUGUUUUUUAAUGAGAAAUUGAUUUAAUACAAUAAAACAAGACCAAAAAAGUUG